CUGAUCUCGACUAAUAAUCGGCUGGGCGUGCUGGAAGACGUAUGUAGGCCGACCGGCGAACUUUCAAAUCAGUGCGAUGACGCAGCUCGGGAACGGUUUAUCCCAGGCAGAUCACAACGAGGACGCAUUGUCCGUGAGAGAGGCCGAAUUGGCUAUGCGACGGCGCAUUGGCGCAUCAGAACACGAAUUGCUCAUCGUGCAGAGCAACAUUGCGAGCACGUAUGCUAAGCUGGGACGUCAUGAAGAGGCCCUGUGCGUGAGGCAGGAAACAUUCUCGGGAACAUUGAAGCUCCAUGGCGAGCAGCAUAGCGAAACGCUGAUAGAAGCCAACAGCUACGCAACGUCCCUUUUUCGUCUACAACGCUUCGAAGAAAGCAAGUCGCUGCUCCGCAAAACGAUGUCCGUGGCGCGGCGCAUUUUAGGGGAUUCACAUCACCUCACGCUACAGAUGAGGGCGAAUUACGCGGCGGCGCUCUUCUCGGACACCGAUGCCACGCUCGCCGAUCUCCGCGUGGCCGUGACGACGCUCGAGGAUUUGACACGGACCGCGCGGCGCGUCCUCGGUGCCGCGCACCCGCUCGCAUCGGGGAUUGAGCACAAUCUACGAAAGUCGCGAGCCGCGCUCCGCGCCCGCGAAACGCCGUCGACGCGCGCGUAA